AACUAAUCCAAAGCAGAAGCUCUUAUCCCAGACGGUGCUCUUUAUCCUGGGAACUUACCAGCUGCCAAAAUUCCUGUUUUUCCUCUUCGUUGAAUCUAAAUUGGAUAUUAUUCACAAAGGAGUUUUUUUUCCUGCAAAAUAAUAAUAAUGAUGAUUCCACCCUGCAAGAAAUCUCAGCUCUUUCUUGUGCUCUGGGUUUUUGGUCCGGCACUGCUGGGGGAUACAAUUUGGGGUCUGCCUAUGGAAGAUCAGAAUUACUACCUACAGGAAAUCAUCAACAGGGAUCAUUAUUACUCUUUUCCAGAUCCCGAUGAUGAGUUUUCACCGUUCACGGAACAGCCGAAAGAGGAAGAAAUGGAGCCCCCUGCAGAGACAGAAGAGCCCCCGCGAUUUAGACCAGCCAAGAAGGAGUUAAAACCAAAGAAAGCCAAUAGAAAAGAUAAAUCUGCUCUCGAGACUCCACCAGCUAAAAAUGGCAACAGGAAAGGUGAGAAAAACAAGAAAGGCACAGAAAGGACACCAGAUGGCGACUAUGAAAGACAAACCGCGUCUGAAGACAGCCGAGAAAGUUGUCCUCCCCUCGGUCUUGAGACAUUAAAAAUUAGUGACUUCCAGCUGCAUGCCUCUACAAUAAAACGGUAUGGGCUUGGAGCCCACAGAGCACGGCUAAAUAUUCAGGCAGGUGUUAAUGAGAAUGAUUUUUAUGAUGGUGCUUGGUGUGCAGGACGGAACGAUCCGUACCAGUGGAUUGAAUUAGAUGCUCGGAGGCUAACAAAGUUCACAGGUGUUAUCACGCAGGGAAGAAAUUCUCUCUGGCUGAGUGACUGGGUAACCUCUUACAAAGUAAUGGUGAGCAAUGACAGUCACACCUGGAUCACUGUCAAAAAUGGUUCCGGAGACAUGAUUUUUGAAGGCAAUGAUGAAAAGGAGAUCCCAGUCCUUAACCAACUGCCUGCACCUCUCGUUGCACGUUACAUUCGGAUAAACCCUCGAACAUGGUAUGAAGAAGGAAGCAUAUGCAUGAGGCUGGAGAUCCUAGGUUGUCCUCUGCCAGACCCAAAUAACUAUUAUCACAGAAGAAAUGAAAUGAUGACAACAGACAACCUUGAUUUUAAGCACCACAACUAUAAAGAAAUGAGGCAGCUGAUGAAAGUUGUAAAUGAGAUGUGUCCAAAUAUCACAAGAAUUUACAAUAUUGGGAAGAGCCAUCAAGGGCUAAAGUUGUAUGCUGUUGAGAUCUCAGACAACCCAGGAGAACAUGAAGUUGGUGAGCCUGAAUUCCGAUACAUGGCAGGGGCUCAUGGGAAUGAGGUGCUUGGGCGAGAGCUGCUGCUUUUGUUAAUGCAGUUCAUGUGCCAGGAAUAUCUGGCUGGGAAUACGCGCAUUAUACGCCUCAUUGAAGAUACCAGAAUUCAUCUUCUUCCUUCAAUCAACCCAGAUGGAUAUGAGAAAGCCUAUGAAGUGGGCUCAGAAUUAGGAGGCUGGUCUUUAGGACGGUGGACUGAAGAUGGCAUUGAUAUUAACAAUAAUUUCCCUGACUUAAAUACUCUGCUUUGGGAAGCUGAAGAUCGGUGGAAGGUUCAAAGUAAGGUCCCUAACCAUCACAUACCCAUCCCAGAUUGGUACCUGUCUGAAAACGCUACAGUGGCUGUUGAAACACGAGCAGUAAUAGCAUGGAUGGAAAAAAAUCCAUUUGUGCUUGGGGGCAACUUACAGGGAGGAGAAUUGGUUGUUGCCUAUCCCUACGAUAUGGUCCGGUCAACAUGGAAAACACAGGAGCACACACCUACCCCAGAUGAUCAUGUUUUUCGAUGGCUGGCAUAUUCCUAUGCAUCUACUCAUCGACUAAUGACAGAUGCCUGGAGGAGAGUUUGCCACACAGAGGACUUUCAGAAGGAAGAUGGAACUGUAAAUGGAGCAUCUUGGCACACCGUUGCAGGAAGUAUAAAUGACUUUAGCUAUCUACAUACAAAUUGUUUUGAACUAUCUAUUUAUGUCGGCUGUGAUAAAUAUCCUCAUGAAAGUGAGUUACCGGAAGAGUGGGAAAACAACCGAGAAUCCCUUAUUGUUUUCAUGGAGCAGGUACACCGUGGCAUUAAAGGCAUAGUGAGAGAUCUUCAUGGAAAGGGAAUUCCAAAUGCCAUUAUUUCUGUAGAAGGUGUUAACCAUGACAUCCGUACCGGAGCCGAUGGGGAUUAUUGGCGCCUUCUAAACCCAGGAGAAUAUGUGGUCACUGCAAAAGCAGAGGGCUACACCACCUCCACCAAAAACUGUGCUGUCGGCUAUGACAUGGGAGCUACCCGAUGUGACUUCACAAUCAGCAAAACCAACCUGGCACGAAUCAAAGAGAUCAUGGAGAAAUUUGGAAAGCAGCCCAUUAGUCUUUCACUCCGAAGGUUCAGACAGAGAGCUGGGCAGAGGCGCCAGCAGUAUAGACUACUUUCUGCAGUGUAACAGAUCCUGUGAUCUUGCUGUGUUCCUAAACAGAAACCAACUGUAGUAGUAGUAAACUA